GCGGCGCGCACAACACGUCCAUGGUGGAGGUCUUUUUACCGGAACCAUGUCCAAAAUCGACCUGAUGAAAGACUUUGUGGCGCAGAGGCUGUCUGCGGCGGCUGGGGACAUUUUCGGGCUUCUUGAAAAAACCCUCCUGGAAUAUGAGGACGAAGUCAGUCGUGUUAAACAGGAGAACGAACGCCAGCGACAAAUGCUGGACGCCAUUUUAAAACCCGGGAAGCAGCGGGACGCAGACCUCCUCUCAGUUCCUGAAGAGGAGGUUUCCUCUGUGAAGCAGGAGUGGAGUCCCAGUCUGGUCCAGGAGGAGUCAGAAUCCCCACAUAUUAAAGAAGAAGAGGAGGAACUCUGGAUCAGUCAGGAGGAAGAGCAGCUUCAGGGAGUGGAGGAGGAGGCUGAUAUCAUCAAGUUUCCAUUCACUUCUGUCCCUGUGAAGAGUGAAAAUGAUGAAGAGGAAGCUCAGUCCUCACAUCUUCAUCAAAGCCAAACUGAGGAGGAAGCCAGCAGCUCAACUGAACAGAUGAAAGCAGAAGCUGAUGGAGAAGACUGUGGACUGUCAGAACCAGCCAGGAACUUGGAUCCAGCUGCUGAUGUACAACCAGCGAGUGAUGGACAGUUCCUCUCUUCACACUGCUGUGAAACCAUGGUGGAGAUUGGUGAGGAUGAGGGAAUGGAGACCAGAGAACUUCAGUCAGGUUUAAAAACACUGACAAAUAAGAAUCUUGUUAGUGGUAAGAGUUUUACAGUGGAGAAACCCUCAAGUAAUGCUCAAAGAGCUCAUCAUUUGGGGAAUAUGCAGGCCCACAUUAAAAAGGUCAGCGGAGAGAAAGCAUUCAGUUGUUCAGUUUGUGCUAAAAGCUUUAGUGACAGGGGAACAGUGAAGAGACACAUGAGACUCCAUACAGGAGAGAAGCCAUUUUGUUGUUCAGUUUGUGGUACAAGGUUCAGUGAGAGCGGAGCGUUGGCCAGACACAUGAGAGGUCAUACCGGGGAGAAACCUUUCAGCUGCUCGGUCUGUCACAAAAGCUUUAGUCGAAAGGAGAGAUUAGUUCCACACAUGAGGAGUCAUACAGGGGAGAAGCCGUUUAGCUGCCCCGUCUGUGGUAAAUGCUUUACUGUCAAGGAUUCCCUGAAGACACACAUGAAGGUUCACACAGGAGAAGCUGUAAAGCUGCAGUGGAUGUUGGAAACAGCUCAGUCAUCUGUCACAACAGUAAAAUAACUCAGGGGAGAGUUACACCUGCCCAAACAACUUGGAGUUCAACCACUUUGUGUUGUUCAAGGGUCCGUGUCGCUUUUGAGGGCAAGUGGGGCCAGAUGUUAACGUGAUGUCAUUUUUAUUCUUAAACUUUUUUUUAAAGUAAACAAAACCUCAUGGUUUAGAAUCUGGGAGACAUCUCAUUGUCUCAUAGUAAAAAGCCCCUGAGUGAGGACUCUCACUAGGAUUGCAGCCAGUAGACAUGGCUGCAUGGCUAACCUUGAGCCAGCCUAGUGAGUCUUGUCCUAGCAUAGCAUAGCGUAGUACAUGUUAUUUACCCCAGCGACCGUUCAGCAUCAACUGUUACUGUAACACGUCAGAUUCACAACACGAUACAGUAUGCCUCUGUGAGAUACAGAAUAUUAAGUCACCUUGCCUUACCGUCCGUUUGUCCUCUGACCAGGCCAGGUCCUCUAAUGUUCAUGUACAUAUGAUGCCAGGACUUGUGGGCGAGCCAGUCUGUUUUUAUAUUAUUUACUGAAUCUUUGCAUAGUAACACUCAUCUUUUUGUAUAUACUCACUUUUGUUGUGACACAUUGUUUAUGUUCAUGAUAACACAA